AUGGCGCUCUUGUCGGAAAACAUCAUCGAUCCAUGUUUAAUAAUUAGUACUUCUAUGUACAAAGGCCGCGUGCAUCUGCAUGCGCUCCAGAUGGAAAGGCUACUAUUGUGUCGGCAAAAGGAUACUACUUUAUCCCAGAAUACAGUUAUGCUUGAGUCCCUAAGCCAAGUUGAAUACCCCUCCACGGAUCAACAAAUGGGUGGGGUGAUUUCCCUCUGGCGACUGGCGCGUCGGAUUUCUGUGUCGUGGUAUUUGAGCAAUCAUUUCCCUGUUAGCCGCAAAAUCAUGAGUGAAACAGGGCACACUGUACAAGUCACUAACCUCUCGAGCAGAGUAUCUGAAAGUGAUCUUCAUGAGUUCUUUUCGUUCUCUGGUCCUAUUGAGCACAUAGAACUUAUCAGAUCAGAAGAUUAUGGUGCCACUGCUUAUGUGACAUUCAAGGAACGCUUUGCCUUGGAAACUGCAGUAUUGCUCAGUGGGGCUACUAUUAUGGAUCAGCCGGUAUGCAUAACUUAUUGGGGACAACCCGAGGAGACUUUUAAUUUCUGGGACAGGCCAACUUGGGAGACCGAAGAGGAAAUCGAAUACAGGAACUACCAAACAUGCCAGUACAACACUACUCCGCAGGAAGCUUUUACAGUGUCUCAAGAUAUCAUGAAGACGAUGCUAGCAAAGGGGUACGUGCUCAGCAAGGAUGCUUUGGCUAAGGCUAAAGCCUUUGAUGAGUCCUAUGGAUUAACAGCUGCAGCUGCAGCCAGGGCUGCAGAGCUGAGCAAGAGAAUCGGUUUAACUGACAGGGUCAAUGCUGGUGUUGGUGCGAUGCGAUCAGUCGACGAGACAUAUCGCGUUACAGAGACAACCAAGACGGUUGCUACUGCCACUGGAAGAACGGCAGCUAAGGUGGUAAAUGGCAUCGUCACCAGCAGCUACUUCUCUGCAGGGGCCAUGGUGUUGUCUGAUGCUCUUACUAGGGCUGCCAAGGCCGCGGCAGAUCUGGCCGCACAUGGUAGGCAGAGUUAA